ACUACUAGUAGUAGUAGGACUGUGCUACUUUAAUUUUGAAAAAUGGUACCACUCUGGUUUUCUUGAAUCCAAAGAAAACUCAAAAAGAUUAAAAAAAAAAUUAAAGAAGAGAAAAAAUGGCGGGAAAAGAGCUUGAAAAACGGUUAAUUGAAGAUGGGAAAAAUCUUCUUAAUCCUCCAUUUUGCAUUGAUCACCUUCUCUCUAUUCUUGAUAGAGUUGAGUGUGAUCUAUCAAAGGUGGAUCAAUCGCCACACGGAUCGAUGGCGGCUUCGCUUUCGCUUUUGAAGAUUUUGUUGGUUUCUGAUAAACUUUUGAGACAUUCGGAUACAGAUGUUAAAGUUUCUGUUGCUGCUUGCAUUAGUCAGAUUAUUAGAAUAACGGCACCAGAUGCUCCAUAUGAUGCUACGAAAAUGAAGGAAAUAUUUUAUCUGAUUGUAGCUACAUUUCCGAAGCUCUCACACAUGUCCAGCUCUUUUUACUCAAAGGCGGUGUCAGUCCUUGUCACUCUUGCAUCAACGAGGGCAGUUGUGAUGAUGAUGGACCUUCAUUGUCAUGCUUUGAUUAGCCAGAUGUUUCAGCUUUUUCUGUUAAUCACUCGGUCAAACGAUUCAGAUGCUGUAUCAGCAGCCAUGGCAUCAAUAAUGACGAUCACCAUAUUGGAAAGUGAUGAUAUUUCUUUGGAGAUUUUCAGUCCCCUUUUAAUUAGUGUGAGAAAGGAAAAUCGGAUUGUUGCUCCAACUUCCUGGAAGUUGGGCAAGAAAGUUAUCAAAAACUGUGGUGCAAAGAUUGAACCAUAUAUUUUGAAGACAGUAGAGAUUUUGGAAGAUUCUCUGGAUAAACAUGAUCAAAACAUUCGCGCUAUGUGCCAAAAAGCAACCAAUACGGUCGAGCCUUUUCACAUAUGCUGUUCCGAGGAAGAUUUGAUUAAUGACGAGAGACCAACUACUCCGUGUUUGGAUGGGAAGAGGACUAGGCGUCAAAUUACAUCUCCGAAUGCUGAACUUGGAGAAACUACAGACAAGAUUAAUGAUGACAGACCAACUACUCCGUGUAAGGAUGGGAAGAAGACUAGGCGUCAAAUUACACCUGAGAAUGCUGAACUUGAAGAAACUACAGACACGGGACAACCCGUGGACAUUCUAGGUUCUGGUUCAUUGAAACUCUUUACGCAGCAACCAACUUCCAAUAGAAAUCGGCGAGACCGAUCUGCAAAAAGAAGGAAUGGUCGAAUGCAAGAGCGGAAGAACCACGAGCUUUCGAUCCCAUUAUCUGAAGAGACACUUCCAGCCAAUAAUGGAGGAGCUAAUGCGCGCAAUGGAACUGCUUUAGUACAAGGCUAUGGAGUAAAGACUACUGCAGCCCCUAUACUGACAGCCAUAUUUGCCAAGUACGGUGAUAUUGCUGCUAGCUGUAAGCACAAGUCGCGGACGAAGAGGGCUUGUUUACUUGAAAGCGUCUGUCAUGUUGUUCAACAACUGCAGAACAUCGGAACUCCGCUCAAUCUAUCUGAGAUUAAAGUCUUUAGAAAUGAAAUGAUAAAUCUGGAGGAUAUGAACCUGAAGCUUUCAUGGCUGACUGGGCCAUUUGAAAAUAUAUCAGAGCUCGAAAGAAUAGAAGGACUGCGUUCUGCGCUGAUGUCUGUGAGAGGAAACUGCAUGUUGUUCAUAAAAACCGCAACAAAGGAGCUAGAAAAGGCACUCAAGGAGCUAGUGGAAUUACAGAAAGGGAUGGGAGAGAACGAAAAGCGCAUCAAUGCCAUAAAGCUUGUAGUCGAACAGGUCGAUGAUAUCAUCAAAGACGGCGAGGAAGAGGAACUUCGUUGGCUACGGCAGAUCAAUGCACUUCCGUAGUGCAACCAAAACUAGAAAUUCUGGUACAUAUUAUCCACACAAUUCAGCUGAAGUGUAGGCUUGUAUAUUUUAGUUCUUUGGUUGAAUUGUGUGGUCGGUCCUUUAGUUGUAACAUGAUUAUUAUAUUUUCUUUGGAAUCUUUCCUUUCAAUUUCUUUGAACAAUUAUAAUCGUAUAAAUUUUAA